AUGCAUGAAUAUGAAUACCCUUGUUGUGAAUCUAAAUUCUGGUUAUUUCUAAUUACAUGUCUAGUGAUUGUGUCAUUGGCAGGCAUUACAUCAGGCCUAGCAUUAGGAAUAUUGUCAUACAGUCAGGUCGAUCUCGAGGUUCUCAUUAAAGCAGGCAGACCAAAAGACAAAAAACAUGCAGAAAGGAUUCAACCUUUUGUAAAAAAUGGACAUUUUGUUUUGUGCACUCUUCUUCUUGGAAAAUCAUUGGCUAUGGAGGCGCUGCCGAUUUUUAUGGACUUGAUCAUUCCAUCAUGGUUUACUAUUCUCAUGUCAGCACCUUUGGUGACUGUGUUUGCAGAGAUUUUACCUCAAGCUGUUUGCUCUAGAUAUGGACUUACCUUUGGUGCUAAAUUGGCUCCCUUUACUCAUUUUCUUCUGCUCAUCUUCUUUCCAAUAACUUAUCCAGCAAGUAAGGUACUUGAUUGGGCUCUAGGGAAAGAACAUUCGGUUCUUCUAAGAAGAUCGGAGUUGAAGACAUUUGUCGACUUACAUGCAAAUCAGGCCGGAAAAGGAGGAGAAUUAUCUCAUCAUGAAACUUCUAUAAUCGCUGGUGCUAUGGAUUUGACUCAGAAGACAGCUAUAGAUGCAAUGACACACAUAUCUGAAAUGUUUUCUCUUGACAUAAAUUCCAAACUAGACAUGCAUGCAAUGACACAAAUAAUGAGUAAAGGUCACAGUAGAGUGCCUAUACAUUCUGGCAACCCAAGAAAUAUUAUUGGUCUCAUCUUGGUUAAGAAUUUAAUCUUCUGCCGUCCAGAGGACGAGAGUCCAAUCAAGAAUUUGAUUAUCAGGAAAAUUCCUAGGGUUUAUGAAAGUUGGCCAUUAUAUGAGAUAUUGAAUCAAUUCAAGAAGGGUCAUAGCCAUAUGGCUGUUGUGUUGAAGGGAAACAUGGAGACAGAAAGCAAUGAAGCAGCUCAUGCUGUGGAUUCACCAAUAUUUUUGAAUAUAAUAACUAAUAAAGAAUCAAACCAUGCUCAAAUUAAUGGAGAAUCAAAUUCUUCAUAUGUCCUAGAAAUGAGUGAGAGAAGUUCAAAUCAAGAAUCUAGUGAUGUUGAAUUUCAUAGUCCAACAUUAGAAAAUGUGAUGGUGCUAGACAAUGAAGUAGGACAAGAAUCAGAGCAAUGGGAGCAUGAAAUUGGAUGUAUGACACAUGAACAUAUAGAAGCUGUUGGUAUCAUUACAAUGGAAGAUGUUAUGGAGGAAUUAUUACAAGGAGAUAUAUUGGAUGAGACUGAUGAAUAUGUUCAUGUUCAAAAGAACAUUAAAAUUAAUUUGAGGCAAUCACAUAGAUCACAAUCAAGAUCAUCAAGAAGAAAUUCUGGAUCAAGUCGUCGUUGA